GCGGGAAAUUCUGCGACCGGGCAUCUGAGGGCUGCUGGCUCUGCGGGGCUCCGGAGAGCCGGCAGAGAGCGGGCCUCAUCAGACUUUCCUUCUCCCGCGUCUGCAUAUUCCUUACUUCUCUGUUGGCUGGUCCUCUGAUAUAUGGACUUAAACAUGAUGAACUGUGAACUUCUAGCCACUUGUAGUGCCCUAGGGUACUUGGAGGGAGACACUUACCACAAGGAACCAGAUUGCUUAGAGAGUGUGAAAGAUUUGAUCCGUUACUUGAGGCAUGAGGAUGAGACCCGGGAUGCACGACAGCAGCUGGGAGCAGCCCAGAUCCUGCAGAGUGACCUUCUACCCAUCCUCACCCAGCACCGCCAGGACAAGCCUCUCUUUGAUGCCGUCAUCAGACUGAUGGUGAACUUGACACAACCAGCCUUACUCUGUUUCGGCAGUGUGCCUAAGGAGGCCAGUGUGCGGCACCACUUUCUGCAGGUGCUAGGCUAUCUGCAGGCUUACAAAGAGGCCUUUGCCAGUGAGAAGGCUUUUGGAGUCCUUAGUGAAACGUUGUAUGAGCUGCUACAGCUGGGCUGGGAGGAACGGCAGGAAGAAGACAACAUACUGAUUGAGAGGAUCCUGCUGCUGGUCAGAAAUAUUCUACAUGUUCCAGCAGACCUUGAGCAGGAAAAGAGGAUCGAUGAUGAUGCCAGUGUCCAUGACCAGCUUCUCUGGGCGAUUCACCUCAGUGGCUUGGAUGACCUGCUCCUCUUCUUGGCCAGCUCAUCUGCUGAGCAGCAGUGGAGCCUGCAUGUGCUAGAGAUUGUCUCCCUUAUGUUUCGUGACCAGAACCCUGAGCAGCUGGCAGGAGUAGGGCAGGGACGCUUAGCCCAGGAGCGGAACAUGGAUGUGACAGAACUGGAGGUGUUGCGUCAGCGAGAGAUGGCAGAAAAGAAGACGCGAGCGUUCCAGCGAGGCAACAGGCACUCUCGAUUUGGGGGCUCCUACAUUGUCCAGGGGUUGAAGUCCAUUGGGGAGAGGGACCUCAUAUUUCACAAAGGCCUUCACAAUCUCCGAAACUACAGUUCCGAUUUGGGGAAGCAGCCCCGAAGGCUACCUAAACGUCGUCAGGCUGCCAAGGAGCUGUCCAUCCAGCGCCGCUCAGCCCUCAACGUGAGGCUGUUCCUCAGAGACUUCUGCUCUGAGUUCCUGGAGAACUGUUACAACCGGCUCAUGGGUGCAGUAAAGGAUCACCUGCUUCGUGAGAAAGCUCAACAGCAUGAUGAGACCUAUUAUAUGUGGGCCUUAGCUUUCUUCAUGGCCUUCAACCGAGCUGCCUCCUUCCGCCCAGGCUUAGUUUCUGAAACCCUCAGUGUCCGUGCCUUUCACUUCAUUGAGCAGAAUCUUACCAACUACUAUGAAAUGAUGCUGACUGAUCGUAAAGAAGCCGCCUCUUGGGCACGCAGAAUGCAUCUGGCCCUAAAGGCCUAUCAGGAGUUGCUGGCCACCGUGAAUGAGAUGGACAUGUCUCCGGAUGAGACUGUGAGGGAGAGCAGUCGUAUCAUCAAAAACAACAUUUUCUAUGUGAUGGAAUACCGAGAACUGUUCUUGACACUCUUUCGAAAGUUUGACGAGCGAUGUCAGCCCCGCUCUUUCCUUCGUGACCUGGUGGAAACCACUCACCUCUUCCUCAAGAUGUUGGAGCGGUUCUGUCGGAGCCGUGGGAACCUAGUGGUGCAGAACAAACGAAAGAAGAAAAAGAAGAAGAAGAAGUUUCUAGACCAAGCUUCUGGUAAUAUCUCCCAUAGUCCAGAGGAGCUGGAGGCCAUGUGGCCGGCCCUUGCUGAGCAGCUGCAAUGCUGUGCCCAGGAUUCUGAGUUCAAUGUAGAAUCCCCAGUUCCCUUUGAUGCGGCCUCAGAGGUGCCAGUGGAAGAGCAGCGGGCAGAAGCCAUGGUGAGGAUCCAAGACUGUCUCCUGGCUGGCCAGGCCCCACAGGCCCUGGCCCUCCUGAGGUCUGCCCGGGAGGUAUGGCCAGAAGGAGAUGUGUUCGGCUCUCCAGACAUUUCCGUGGAGGAGGAGGUGCAGUUGCUGAAACAAAUCCUGUCUGCCCCACUUCCCCGACAACAGGGCCCAGCUGAGGGAAUUGCAGAAGAAGAAGAAGAGGAGGAGGAGGAGGAGGCCGAGGAGGAGUUGCAGGUGGUUCAGGUUUCAGAGAAAGAGUUUAACUUUCUGGACUAUCUGAAACGUUAUGCCUCCUCAACUAUUGUGCGAGCCUAUGUGCUUCUGCUGCGAAGCUACCAGCAGAAUAGUGCCCACACUAACCACUGCAUUGUCAAGAUGUUGCACCGGAUCGCCCAUGACCUCAAAAUGGAAGCCCUUCUUUUCCAGCUUUCAAUCUUUUGCCUCUUCAACCGUCUGCUUAAUGACCCUGCUGCUGGAGCCUACAAAGAGCUAGUGACUUUUGCCAAAUAUAUCCUGGGCAAGUUCUUUGCAUUGGCUGCAAUCAACCAGAAAGCCUUUGUGGAGCUGUUAUUCUGGAAGAACACAGCUGUGGUCCGAGAGAUGACUGAGGGCUAUGGCUCGCUGGACAAUGUCCUUGGUUAUAUCAUGAAGAAUAUCACGGCCAAACGUUCACGGGCCCGAAUAGUGGAUAAACUGCUAGCACUGGGGUUGGUGACUAAGCGGCAGGAGCUAUACAAGAAACGGAGGAAGAAGCUGGCACCCUCAAGCCUGCCUAAUGGGGAACAGUCCGUGAAAGAUUUUUGGCAGGAAGAUCUGGAGGAAGAAGAAGAAGAAGAAAACUUGCCAGAAGAAGAGAACGAAGAAGAUGGAGAGAAAGAGGAGGGUUUGGAAGUAGAACAUGCCCAGGGUAGCUUGUUUCUUUCAACUGAAAACCUUGGCCAAGGCCUACAUGAGGAAGGCUUUUCUGCUCCACUCUUGUGGCUCCAGAACUGCCUGCUGCGAGCGGCAGAUGAUCGGGAAGAGGACGGCUGCUCCCAGGCUAUUCCAUUGGUGCCACUGACGGAAGAAAAUGAGGAAGCAAUGGAAAAUGAACAGUUUCAGCAGCUGCUGCGCAAACUAAAGAUUCGGCCCCCCACCUCCGUACAGGAAACCUUCUGGCGAAUUCCAGCCAAGCUUAGCCCCACCCAGCUCCGGAGACUGGCAGCUUCUUUGAGUCAACCAAAGGAGGCAGAAGAGAAGCUACCAUCAGAGCUAGAGCCAAGAGUCCCUGGAGAGCAGGGUCCCAGGGAGGAGCACCAAGCAGAAACCUCGAGAGCACUCUCAUUAGCCCAUAAAAACAGAGCAGGCCUUGUGUCCUCAGACGAGGAGGAGACUGCUGAUGAUAAAGAGCAAGGGACGGUGGCGCCCAAGAAGCGGCAACUGCUGGACAGCGAUGAGGAGGACGAGGGCAGCAGCAAAAAGCCCAAGCUGGGAUCUCCAGUAAUCUACAGGAAGAAACGGUUUCAGAUUGAGGAUGAAGAUGAAGACGAGUGAUAAGCCCGAAGCCUAGGGGUGGAGAUAGAUUUGUUUUAGUGAUCAUCCCCAGGACAGAAGAUUGAGCUGAGCAUGCAUGAAGCCCUGGGUUCAGUUCCUCAGUACCACAUCAACAGAAAAAGCCAGAAG